AUGGCUACACCAACUGAGCGUGAGGAGCUGAAGCGAGGCAAUGGAGCUUGGGAGAAUAUUCAGGAGGUGUUGCGCUUUGGUUUGAGAAGCUUGUGGGAAGCUAUCACUGGUGUCGAUGGUCGAGUUACGGCUCUAGAAAAGACUCUAGUCGCUCAAAGAAACGACUUGCAACGUCAGCAGCAGCAUUUAGAAGAUAUAGCACAUACUUUAAACGUCAUGGGUGAGCGGCUUAGAGUGUACGAGAAGGCAGCAGGAGAGCAAAUUGCAAUGCGCUUGCAGAAUUCAGAAUGUCGACUUCAGGGCCAAUUUCAAAGAUAUCGCAAUCCAAAAGAUGAUGUCGACUACGUACCCUUGACCACGUUAGAGCGUCGUGUUUGUCUGUUGGAGGAAGAAAUCGAACAUAUCGUGGUGGCAAUUGACCGAAAGGCAGAUUUCGAAGUUAUGGAAGAGGCGAUACGCAAGCACUGUAAAAAAGAUGAGCGAGAAAUACUCACAUUGCAAAAGCGAUUUGAGCAACACCGACACGAAGUUGAAAAGGAAGUAUCACUAUCUAUUUCAAAUGCACAAGCUGCACAAGAAACGCUCAUUCACUCAGCGCUUAAAAACUGGGCGGCAAAUACAUGGAAAUUUGAGCACAACACUGUGCAAGAGAUGUUGGCCGAAGAGAACUUGAAGCAAAAGGAGGUCUUAAGUACUAUUCACAGUCAGAUAAAACUUUGCUGGGGAGCUCUUGAAGCCCAACAAAAGCGAAUGACUGACGUUUGUGUAGAUAUUAAUAAGCAAGUUCAUGAUAUUCUAGCAGCUGAUCGAAAGGAGAUUGCUGUACUGUGUAGUGAGGCUCACGGCCGAAUCGAUUUCCAGUUUCGAGCCCAGGAAAAAGGACUGGAGAAGGUUCAACAUGAGCAACACAAACUGCGUGAAGAUGUGACUCAAAUUUUUGACAUGAGAAUACGACAAAUUGCAACUGGAAACGCUGCUGCUGUUGAGGCACUUAAUCGUCGAGUAUUUGACCGGCAGCUUCAGGAAUUAAGUACGAUGCGUUGUCAGAUUGUUGAAGAGGUUCAACUUACGGUCGCCAGUACUUUGAAUGCUUUAAAAUCUACGAAAGACAGAGAGCAACGCAAAGUUAGACAUCAUCAAAACCUUAUCGAACGCAAAUUAGCCGAACUCGAGCAGAUGAUGCAACUCAUUGGACGACAGUCAAUUCGAAACAUCCCACAGCUUCAGGUGGUGCGCAACGAGCAAUUGGAACACGCUGUCACUACUCACAUACACAAUGAAGAUGAAGAUAACGAAGACGCUUUCUUGUUUGAAGAUAAAAAUGGAGCUGAACACACCAUUCCCAUUCUUGCCCAGGUUCCAUCAAGUAAUCUUUUGACUACAAACGACUCUCGCCAGAAUAUCACGGAAUUGCUGACAACACGUCGAGUGCAACAUCGAGAACUGCAGAAGCAGCUGGACAUAAAGUUUAGCGACUAUAGUGAAAUCUUACGACUGCCCGAGCAACGAGCAAAGGAGAAUAAAUCAAGCAAUGUUCCUUCAACGCAGCCUUAA